AUGGAGUUUGGGGAAAGGAAGAGGAGAAGGAAGUCGCAGAGCUAUAAACUGGUCACGGAUGAAGAUUUCGACCCUUCAUAUAUGAUGAACUCCAGCUGCAAAGAUGCCAAUGGCGUCCCCAAAGAUGCUGCCGUGCCUGAUGUUUGGCUGGGGGAUGAGGGCAUGGAGAUCAAAAGGCAAAUCACAGGGAUGAUGAGGCUUCUGAGUGAUAAAACCGGCAGGGUGUAUCAGCGUGUUGGAGCGGAGCAGGACGGAUUAACAAAGGAGCCCCAGGACAGACAUCAGAACUGGGCGCAUCAGCCCGGACUUUUAUCUCUGGCGUCAGAGGACCACCAGAGCAACAGCUGGAACUCUGCGGGGGACCCGGGGCCCUCACCUUCAUCCAUAUCCACCUCCGUCCCCAACGGUCCAGGCUGCGGACAGUACAGCACUCGCUCCAGAGCCCUCAGGAUCCUCAACAACACAAAGGAUUUAAUUAAAGUGAAUGAAGCUAAUGACGUGGUCCCCCCCGCAGUGCCAGAACCCCCCUGCUGCAUGUGUAACUGUAAGGGCACCCUGCAGGCUAUUUUGCAGGAGCUACGUGCCAUGAGGAGGCUCAUGCAGACUCAAAAAGCAUCCUUGGAAAGGCAGGAACAGACAGCAUCGCCAUGCCAACCUCGUCUUGGUCCAGGUCCCACCCCUCGCCGGAGGCCCCGAAAGAGGAGGCCGAUCUAUAAGGUGGCUCCGCUUACUGUAACAAGCACUCGAAGAGCUGCCCUGAGCCCUCUGGAGGCGUCGCCGCUUAAAGCCGCACCUGCAGAGACCGGAAAGAGGGAGGAAUGCGAGAAAGACUCAUCCACACCCAACACUCAUCCCGUCUCCUCUGAUGUUUCUGUGCUGCCACCUCAGACUGAUCCAGUCAACGACACGCACACUCCUCUGCUGAAGCAACUAAAGGAGCCUCAAGCGUUAGAGUCUGAGGUGCGUCUCGCGGAGGAUUAUGAUGUGUUUAUCUCAAAGGCACAGCUGGACUCCAUUCUGGUCAACUAUACGCGCUCUGGCAGCCUGCUGUUCCGGAAACUGGUGUGUGCCUUCUUUGAUGAUGCCACUCUGGCCAACUCCUUGCCGAACGGUAAGAGGAAGAGGGGCCUCAAUGAUAACCGUAAGGGCCUGGACCAGAACAUCGUGGGAGCCAUUAAAGUGUUUACAGAGAAAUACUGCACUGAGAACAGAAUAGAGAAGCUGCCUGGACCACGAGACUGGGUGCAGAUCCUUCAAGAUCAGAUCAAACUCGCAAGGAGGAGGGUGAAAAGAGAUGCCGCAGAAGCAGAAGAAGUCUCAAAUGGACCGUCCACAAGUUGUAAUUUUAACAAGCCUGCGAGCGUGGAGCGGACAGUGGUGAACAUCAGCGGUUGA